GCGAGGAAAGCCGCGGACGUGAUCUCGAAGCUCGCGAACAAGAACGAGGACAACGUCGACGCGGUCGUGAACGCGGGCGCGGUCGAGGCGAUCGUCCCACUGUUAUCGAUGAGCACGGAGAUUGGCGAGAAGUGCACGCCGAACAUCGGGGACAUCGAGAAAGAAGCGUGCUACGCGAUCGGGCUGCUCGCGUCGAAGGAGGAUAAUCAGAACCGAAUCGCCGCCGCGGGCGCGCUCCCGGGUUUAGUCGCGCUCCUGAAACGGUACCCGCCGCAGCUGUCCGGGUCUAUCCCGCCGUCCGUCGCUCGACGCGCCGCGGACGCGGUCACGAACUUGGCGCACGAGAACAACGACAUCAAGAACCAAGUCCGAACGGAGGGGGGCAUCCCGCCGUUGGUGUCCCUGCUCGAGACGCGGGAUCCGAAAGUGCAACGCGCGGCGGCGAGCGCGCUGCGGACGUUGGCGUUCAAAAACGACGAGAACAAAAACCAGAUCGUCGAGUGCGGCGCGUUGCCGAUGCUCAUCUUCAUGGUCAGAAGCGAAGACCAGACGAUUCACUACGAAGCCAUCGGCGUCAUCGGGAACUUGGUGCACUCGUCGUCGCACAUCAAACGCCGCGUCUUGGACGAAGGCGCGCUGCAGCCGGUGAUUUCGUUGCUCUCGUCCGAGUGCCCGGAGAGCCAGCGCGAGGCGGCGCUUCUGAUAGGACAGUUCGCGACGACGGAGCCGGCGUUCAAGGUCAAGAUCGUCCAGCGCGGCGCGGUGCAGCCGCUGAUUCAGAUGCUGAACAACACGGACCCGCAGCUCAGGGAGAUGGCCGCGUUCGCGCUCGGACGCCUCGCACAAAACGAGGACAACCAGGUCGGGAUCUGCCACGCGGACGGCUUGCGACCGCUUCUCGAUUUGCUCGACUCGAACGCGGGGAACUUGCAGCACAACGCUGCGUUCGCGCUGUACGGGCUCGCGGAGAACCCGGAUAACAUCCCGGACAUCAUCAUGCAAGGCACGGUGCAGCGGUUGAACGACGGCGAGCUCAUCGUGCAAGCGUCGAAGGACUGCGUCGCGAAGACGCUGAAGCGCUUGGAGGAGAAGAUGACCGGGCGCACGCUGCGGUAUUUGAUUUACAUGAUGCGCACGACGGACAAGGAGCAUUCGGCGCGCAUCGCGGUCGCGCUCGCCCAUCUGUGCGGCGGCGCGGAUAAAGAGCAAGAGAAGGGGGGUCUCGAGACGCUCUCGGAUAUCUUCAUGGAUCACGGCGGCUUGGAGAUUCUGCUCGAGAUGAUCGCCCCGAAGCACUCGUCGACGCUGCCCAGCCACCUGCGCCUCUCGCCGAAGCCGCGGGAUCAGAAGGACGCCGCCGCGGCGCUGUAUAAGAUUGCCGAGAAGAUCACGCGCCUCGCCCCGGAGGAAGCCGCGCCGCUUCCCGCGACGCCGGAGACGCACCUGGAGGAGCACUUCGAUAACCCCGAGCUCGCGGACCUCGUGUUCGAACGCGCGGAGAAGCGAACCUUCUACGCGCAUCGCAUCGCGUUCUCGCGAGCGUCCGACGCGUUCCACGACAUGAUCGCUCAAGGGAAGCGUCAAGACGAGGCGACGACGACGGGAUCGGACGCCGACGCGAAGCGCGAGGGCGCGUGCAGAGUAGACAUCAAGCACAUCACCGUGGAAGCCUUCGAGGCGUUGCUGAAGUACGUGUACACCGGGCAGAUCCCCCCGUCCAACGAUCCCGAGCUCGGCUUCGUCCCCAAGCUCGCGUGCACGAUGCUGAAGCUCGGGGAGAAGUACCAGAUGCUCGGGCUGAAACGGCAGUGCGAAACCGCGCUCGCGGAGGACGUGAAAAACGCGGGGGUGAGCUUCGACGCGGUGAAGCUCAUCAAGUUUUACGACCUCGCGAUCGACCACAGGGCGGAUAAGCUCGCGCGCGCGUGCGUGUUACACGCGCUGGAGCACCACGCGUCGAUCAUCAAAUCUAUCGGGCCGGACUCGUACUCGAAGCUUCUUCAGUGCAUGGUGCCGACGAUUCGCGAGCACUUGCACGGUAUUUUUUACCGCGUCGGCUCCGCGCUCGACGCCGCGAACGCGCGCUGAGCUCACGAACCCCGUCACGAGAUGACGAGACGACGAAAGACAGAACGCAUAGAAACGAAUAGCCAUAAGCUGGUGCUUCUAACGAACGUUAAGUACGAUAAAACUACUGCACU